UACGCGGAGCUGUAAUGGCCAAAAAGUUAUUAGUUGUGGGGAGACGCGACCCAAGGGCGCACACUUUCAUGCCACUCCAACCUCCCGGGUGAACAGCCCGAUAGCGGCUAUAUCCGUAUAUAUCCGUACAGAAGGAAACAUGCCGGACUAAGGAUACCUAUCAGUAUCUCCCCUUUACAUCUCGCCCUUGAUAUUGUCGUAUCGAGGACCAGCAGUGAUCGUUUCAAAAGGAAUUUGUUUCUUCUAUGCACGUAUAUAGUCAGCAUCAUUCCAGACCCCAGAUCUAAGACGACAUGCAAGCAUGGGAGGAAAAAGCACAACCGGCAAGAACCGCCCGUGAUGAAGGGCUCGCCCAGGUUGAACCGCCCCUGCAAAACUUGCCAGAACAUCUUCCCCAGAAUUCUCAAGGCCUCCCAAAAACUGUCUUGACUGCGAGGGAGCUUGAGAUCACGGAAGGAUAUACAGCAGGCGAACUUUUGGCCAAACUCCACAACAGGGAGCUUUCGUCCGAAGAAGUCACCAAGGCCUUUCUUCGACGAGCGGCGCUCGCGCAGUUCGCUACAAAUUGCAUCACCAGUCUUCUUUGGGACGAUGCAAUCGAGCGAGCACGUUACUUAGAUUCGUUGCCGGAACCCGUUGGACCUCUACACGGAUUUCCCAUCAGUACCAAGGAACACCAUGGCACAAAGAGCAAGAACGGCACCGCAAAUGCAUCAUAUGUGACCUGGGUUGGCACGCCACAAGGCUCGAUUCUACUAUAUGACACCCUGUGGGACGCUGGAUGCGUUUUCUACGCCAGAACGACUCAGCCUCAGACCAUCAUGCACUUGGAAACCGAGUCAAACAUCUACGGCCGGACGGUCAACCCUUAUAAUCGCAACUUGACUCCAGGCGGCAGCAGCGGCGGUGAAGGUGCUCUGAUAGCCUUUCGCGGCAGCUUGUUCGGCGUGGGUGGCGACAUUGGUGGCAGCAUCCGUUGUCCAGCCGCACAUAGUGGCAUAUACGGCUUCAAGCCAACCGCACUCAGAGUGCCGUCGAGUGGUCUUAAAACUCACAUGGCAGGCAAAGAGACCAUCUUAUCAACACUGGGCCCGAUGGCCCAAGACCGAAACUCGCUCGAACUCUUCAUGAAAGUCGUCCUUGACGCAGAACCUUGGCGACUCGAUCCAUCUCUUACCGUCAAGCCUUGGACACCGUACCAUUUCACGAAGCCAUUGAAAAUUGCUGUACAGUGGUGGGACGGUGUCGUCAUGCCACACCCUCCCAUGAUACGUGCUUUGAAGGAAGUAUCCGAGGCAUGCAAGUCUGCAGGCAUGAAAGUCGUCGAGUGGGACAGUGAAAAGCUGAACCAUCGAAAAGGAUGGGAUAUCACCUCGGCACUAUACUGGCCUGAUGGCGGAGCCGAAGUUCUGGGCCGCUUAGAGGAGGCAGGCGAACCGAUACUGCCCUUGACAAAGUUCAUUCUAUCUGAACAGCCUACCGUCAAGAAUUUGAACCAGCAUGAACUCUGGCAGUUGUGUCGGGAGAGAGAUGCUUAUCGUGCGGCGUAUGCUCGGCAUUGGACUCAAACAGGUGAGGAAGACGGACAAGAAGUCGAUGUUAUCCUUUGUCCUCCAAACUUUGGGGCAGCAACACCUCAUGAGCAAUCGCGCUACUGGGGCUACACCUCCAACUGGAAUCUUUUGGACUACCCUGGAGCCGUGUUCCCAGUCACCACUGUGGACCCUGAAAAGGAUAAGAAAGAUGAGACUUAUGUGCCGAAGAAUACGGAAGACAAGUUCGUCUACGAGAUGUAUUCUGCAGAAACAUUUAAAGACGCGCCGGUGAAUCUGCAAGUCAUCGGACGAAGACAGCAUGACGAGAAGGUUAUUGCUGCUCUUGUUGAAAUCGAGAAGGCCAUGGGACGAAAAUAGUGACAAAAUAUCUGCGCGAAGGGAGAUUAAACCCUUCCUACAACCGGACAUUCUAUGGAAGCCAGGGUCCUUGGUAAAGAUAGAAUGGAAGCAGCUUAGAAAGUACGUACUUCUGUGCUUCUUGGUACUGUCUGUCGCGCUGUCGCGC